AUGAGCGGGGUCGGCUUCCUGGCGACCGUGAAGACGUUCGCGCCGGGCGGACGCCGGCGGCGACGCUGCGAGAAGCAGCAGAAGGUCCUGGAGCUUCCGCCGGGCUACGGGAUGCAGCCGGAUGUCGUGCCCUCCUGGGACUCGGCGCCACCCAUCACGCCGCCCGCCGCAUUUUUGCCGCCGGGCUACAAAAAGGGCUUUCCAGGUGCCGCCACGACCGGCUCGUCGGCGGUGCCGGGCCCGGCCACGGAUGCCGGGAACCAGCACAAGCCGAACAGGCCGAACACCCUCGACGCCAGGGUGGUAGCGAGGAGGCUGAUCUUGUUCGACAUGGACAAAGGGGUGUUGGAUCAGAGCGCCGACAAUCAGCAGGUAAUAGAAAGAUGUUAUCCAUUACCACCUCAGAAUACGCUGAUGCUGUCGGAGCUCCCGGAGCCGCCGAUACCGUUGAGCGAAAUCGGCCCUAUACCACCCCCGCCGAUGUUCAGCUCCCCGAGUCCCACUUUGCUGGCGAGACAACGGCAAAUCCCGCUCUCGGAUUGCGAGGACGAGGAUGAGGAGGACGUCGACGUGGAGGAAGAGGACGACAAUAUGUACCUCUUCAGGAUGUCGCAGCCCGAUCCGGCGAUCGACACGUCCCGUGUCGAGGAGAUACCGGCGAAGGAGCCCAAGUUCCACGCCGUGCCGCUUAAGAGCGUCCUGAAGAAACGGGGCUCCGGAAGCGGACCCGGCACCCCGCAGAACACGCCGACGCAGGAGAACAGGCCGCUGACGCUUCGCCAGGAGCUCCACGCCUCGUUCAAAAGGCCACCGUUGAGGCCUAGGAUGAGAAUAUGCAGUCGACCGGUCAGAUUCGGCCUCGCUCUACCCUGCACGCUGGAGAACAAGGAGAACGCGAGGCCUUACGUCAUCCGAGAAGACGCGGACGGCGACUCCGGCGACGGGCAGGUCCUCUACAGGGAAGAUUACGACGACGAGAAAAGCCGUUUGGCAGCCAAGAUCGCGCGCAAGGAAUCGCUUUCGCUGAAGCUCGCCCUCAGGCCGGACCGGCAGGAGCUCAUCAACAGGAACAUCCUUCAGCUGCAGACGGACAAUGAGAGGCAGGAAACGAAGGAGGCCAUUGGCGCCAAGCUUAUCAGGCGGCUGAGCAUGCGGCCGACCCAGGAGGAACUUGAGGAGAGGAACAUUUUGAAAAAGCAAAGCCCUGCCGAGGAGAAAAAGCAGAAGGAAGAAAAGAAACGCUAUCUCCUGCGAAAGCUGAGUUUCCGACCGACCGUUGAAGAACUCAAGGAGAAAAAGAUUAUCAGGUUCAACGACUAUAUCGAGGUAACGCAGGCUCACGAUUACGACAGAAGAGCCGACAAGCCUUGGACGCGGUUAACUCCGAAGGACAAGGCUGCUAUUAGGAAGGAGCUAAACGAGUUCAAGAGUUCGGAGAUGGCCGUUCACGAGGACAGCCGACACCUCACCAGGUUCCAUAGGCCAUGACAAUUGCAAUGUGUUGAGGUGCUACAGUGUGGUGCGGGUAUACGUGAAGGUGCAGUGUGGUGGCUUCGUGUUGAGGCCGGGUGAAGAAGAGAAGGAAGAGAAAAUCGGCUAUCGUUAUACUUCCGGAUUUUACUUCCGGAAACGCGCGAUACUCGUCCGAUCGGUGACGGUGAUUUCUUUGACGUUGCUGCGUCGUGUCGUUUCGUCGUUGUCUCGCCAAACCGCCAUCCCACUGGCGCCUCUUCCGUCACUCGUCAUUUGUACACGUCAACGACAAACGCCACCAUGACGUCGACGAAGAUUGUGAUAGGGUGACUCGCCCGCCCCGUCGAAGAGGACUUGGCGGGUCGCUCGCCGAUUUCUUUUCAUAAGGGUCGUUCACACCCGUGCUUGGCCGAACAGAUUCUUCGCGCUCUUUCCGAUCACCUUACAAGCUACUCUUCAUCUUUGUAUCUUCGACACUGAUCUCGUUAUAGUAACACGCGUCAAGGCGUUUACAUUCUCAAGAUAUCUUGAAAAUAUUCUUAAAACUUUGCGCGACAAAUUCUAUCAAGUAGAUACGCUACGCGCGAGUAUCUCCUUCUGCAUUAUUAAACGGAACAUCAUUGAAGCUUAAAACUACGAUCUAUCUGUCGGGCUCAGCUCUUGAAAGCUUGCCGUUGUGAAAAUCAAAAUGCUGUAUAGUAAAUAAGACUUUUUUAUCGAGACGCUCGUGUGUGUGUCCGCAACUGUUUACUUCUGAAUAAGAAUCGGAAGUCCCUUUUUAAUUACGUAUAAUAUAUAUAUAUAAUAUAUAUGUACCUGUCUCAUUCAUAAUUUCUUGUUAUGAAUUUUUUUUAAAUUAUUUUUCUUUGUUGUACAAUAUAUUUAAGAAUCGUAUGAGAGUGAGACGUAAAACGCGUCUGUCACGAAUGUAUUUUAGCGAUAAAGAGAUUACGUACAAUGGAGGCGCGUGUCGCACGCAUACCGAUGCGUGAGAAUGUACAGAUUAAUCGCGUGGAAAUUAAAGAUCGCGUUUAAAAUUAAGCGCGAGCGUAAUUCCAUAAUGGACACUACGAGCGCGCGUGUGAACAUACCCUUAAAACAUGUAAAACACCAUUUUGCAAUCAAGCUAGCUCAUCAGUGUCACCUGGCAUCGUUGUAUAUGUAAAUGUCUCUCAAGUUUCGAGCCAUCGUAACACACGCAGAGAUAUGCGAUAUAUCUCGUUGAUAUCACAAAAGAAAAAGAGAAUACUCGAAUAUUCGAGGUAAACUGAAUAUUCGAGGAUCAAACGGGAGGUACAUCACAUUACAAGCGAUAUAUAUCGUAAAUAUAAACGUCGAGUAAAGUGAGUUCGGUUUAGUUGAAAAAAAAAAAAAAAAAAAAGAAAUGUUUUAGUAUUAAUAUUUUUAUACGUUGACGAAUGAACAGCAGAGAGUUUUUCGCAAAAUCAUUUUUCGAUAAUAAUCCUCGUUUUUUAAUGAUUAAGAUUGUAUUCGGCUGACGUCCGAAAAUGUGAUUUACGAUAAUUCCACGUUCUCACGAUUUAUCGCGCGGUAUCUCCGCGCAGAGAGUAUUCAUUGCUUGAGACUUCUCACUAACACUAUUACGUGCAUAGUUUGUUAAGCUCUUCGUAUACACCGCGCGAGGAAUGAAAACAGUCAUUCGGUGUCUACGACAAUCGGUCCGACUGUUCGAUCGACAAAAAAAAAAAAAAGAAACUGUUUUCCUUUUACUGCCAGGUAUCACUCUCUCGUGGAGCUGCCUUGAGGAGCAAGCGCUUACGAUUAUUAAUCUAAAGAAAAAGAAAUAAAAUAAAUAAAAUUAGACGUACACUCCGUUCGUGGGAAAAUCAUAAAUGCGUUGUGCAAUUAAAACUUUGUACAGGAGUAGGUAGCGUGUACAUUAGUGAAUAUUAUUAUCAUCAUUGUUAUAAUAUCGCUAUAGGGACGCUCUAUGGUCCUCGUUAAUUUCGAUCGCGUGCGCGCUUUUAAUCACGGCAGUGUUAAAUUCCUUAAGAGCAGAUACGAAGAUCGGUUGUUGUUCCGUAUUCGUUGAGUGCGAAUAAAGUCACGAGUAAAAUCUCGUUGAAAAAAAAGGUAUAAAAUGCAUUUACGAUAAAUACGUACGUGUUGGCUACGUAUUUUGAAGAAUAUAUUCACUUCAGUGGCCCGAUAGUAAAAGAAAAAUAUAUCGUUAAAAAAAAAACACCGGGGAUUCACCCUCGGCCAUUUAUUAUCAGAUUAAUUUUUAUGCUCGCAUCAACUGCACCGGAGCACCAACGUUACUCUGCUCACGUAAAAGCAAUCUGGUGGGUCAACAGUGAAUUGUAGUUCUAAGUUAUUAGUCCUGUCUAUAAUACUGACGGAGAAGAGAAAAAAAAAUUGAAUUAGGCAGAAUUAGCGCUAACUGACGCCGGUGAAUACCGGCCCCUUAGUAUCGAAAACUCGUUCACAAUUCCGUUCUUCUCAACUGCGAGUAGAACGAGGAAAAAAAAAAAGUAGUCGCGUUACAAAUCGCCAAUGUUGCGCGCAAAUUUGUAUCUAGAUCUCUUAGCUGAUCGAAAGAACGAAGUCCAACGACGAAGGAGAAAAAAAAAUGGAAUAGGUAAAAGACGAGGAGACACGCGUGCCUCGAUGUGUGCGAUGUCUUGCACGCUUAUCUUUGGAAGCUUCUUGCAUCCCCCCCCCCCUCGCUUGUCCUAUCCUCCCCAGUUAUGCGAAACCGACCCUCCUGCUCAUGUCGCCGUUGACGCGGACGGAGGUUCGUCCGUACCUCCUUGUUUCGGAGAACCGGCGAGCGAAACCAAAAA